AUGUCCGAGAUGUCAGAAAAAACUGAAACUACAUCUGAUGCUCGUCGACGUAUCUUAAACAUUGCAGUUUCUACGGUAUUAUUGGAGACCGGUUUCGAUGCUGCUGAUAAAGUUUCGUUGGAAACUUUGACUGAAAUGCUUCAAUGUUUUUUUGCAGAGGUUGGGAAUUCGGCGAAAGGAUUUUGUGAGCUAUCUGGACGGGUGGAGCCAGUGUUGGGUGAUGUUGUAAUGGCACUUAUUAACAUGGGUAUAAGCUUACAGGGUAUUGAACAAUAUGCUGCUCGUCCAAAUCGGCAUGUAAUUCAACCUCCUCAGCAAGCUCCUGCACCUCGCACCCCAGCUAUGUUGUCAGCUGGCUCUAAAGCUAAACCAGCACCACAUAUACCUUUUCAUUUGCCUCCAUUACCAGAUCCACAUGCAUACAUCAGAACACCUACUCACAAGCAACCAGUAACUGAAUAUGAAGCCAUUCGAGAGAAGGCAGCAACCCAAAAAAGAGACAUUGAACGUGCUUUGACUAAAUUCUUAGCAAAGACAAGUGAAACCCAUAAUUUAUUUAAUACAGAAGACAAUCAGGUUUUUCCAUUAAUCGCCUGUAAGCCUACGUUUCCAGCUUAUUUGCCCUGUCUUUUACCAACGGACCAAGUCUUUGAUUUUGAUGAAUUAGAAUAUCAUUUUCAAGUCGCUAAUAGAACUGAAGACUUGCCUGCUGAUAAAAAAGAUCAAUCAGACAAUGAAGGCGAAAAUGGCGCUGACAAUGAUAAUGCAAAUAUUUCACAAUCUGAAAAUCAAGAAAGUGCAUUAACAUCCAGUCCAGAGAGAAAUAAAUCUGGUGGAUAGAUUAAUUAUUUAGAUAGUAAUGUAAAUUUGUUUUAAAAUUCAAGUAUAUUUAUAAGUACAUUGA